CUUGUUAUUGGCUAUUUGCCCUGAUUCCGGUUAUUCAGUUUUGUAAUAAUAACUUCUCCGAAGAUUUAAGGUUUUCAUUAACUCUGACAAGAUAUGGGGAGAGUUUAUGUGAUAAAUCUGGAAGGAAAGAUCUAUAACUGCAAACACUGUCAGACCCAUCUUGCCCUUGUUAAGGACAUCGUUUCAAGAAAUUUCACUUGCAGGCAUGGGAAGGCUUAUCUUUUUGAUAAGGUUGUGAAUGUGAAUGUGGGAGUGAAAGAAGACCGGAUGAUGAUAACCGGAUUGCACACUGUGGUCGACUUAUUCUGUGUUGGGUGCGGCGCAAUCGUCGGUUGGAAAUAUGAAUUUGCACAUGAAAAGGCCCAAAAAUACAAAGUCGGAAAAUUCAUCCUUGAGAGGUAUAGAGUGUCAGGUCCAGAUGAAAACAACUCUCGGUUGAAUCUUGAAGUUGCUCAGGCUAAUGUUAGUGAUGAUGGCGACGAUGAUUGAUUAAUAUAGAGGAUGCAGCAAGCAAAUAGACAUCCCUUUGACUGUUUUUAACAAUAAUUUGUACAUAUUGCCCCAGAUUUGAAUGUUGUUCUUAAAUUGUUUCAAAUUUCCCUGAAGGAUUUGUGUCUCUCAAUUAUGUAAUUCACCGGCAUCAAUUCAAGCUUUCCCUAACACUUAAGCAGGGAUAUCAAUUAAAAGUAA